GAAUUUCUCUCUGUAGCAACACGUAAACCUGUAAUUUGUAUGUAGUCAGUUUUGUAACGUUUUAACGUUUUGUCCAUUUAAACUCUAUUAAACUGUGUUUAUGUUUAUAAUUUUAAACUUCUCUUUCGUGAAUUUCUGAGAGGAGUGAUAUUCUUUCAUGAUGGUAAAAGCAGGAAACAUGUCGAAGUCUUCAUCUAGUGAUGCACGAAACGAACUGGCUGAGUUGGUGAAAAAACGUGCAGAGAUUGCUGACACUUUAGCCAACCUAGAACGCCAAAUCUAUGCAUUUGAGGGUAGUUACCUUGAAGACACACAGUUGUAUGGUAACAUCAUUCGAGGCUGGGACAGGUACUUAGCUACAAAUCGAAGCACAAGCAGCAAGGCAGACAAAAGAAAUAGAAAAUUUAAGGAAGCAGAAAGGUUAUUCUCUAAAUCGUCAAUUACGUCAAUGGCUUCGGUUAAUGGGGUCAUUGAAAGCGAAAGAAAUGAUACGGACAUCAGUACAAAUCCUUGUGACAAUAUGCCAAUGACUGACGGCCCAACAACCAUAAAUUCUAUGGUAAUGGACUCCAGAAGUAGCAGCAGUAGCAGUUCAUCAUCUACUGUUAAUGGAAAUAGAUCUCCACAAAAUACGCCCGAUUUCCCUGGUAAAAUAAAAAUGGGCCAGAGAAUGAAAAAAAAUGCAAAAAAGCCUCGUAGAAUUCCUGAUAUGGAAUGACAUUUGAUCUGAUGUUUUACAACACAUGUAAAAACAUUUUUUCUCAUAAUUCAUUAUUAUUACCUUGUUUCAUGUACAUAGUCUGUAAUGUAUUAUAUGUAAUUAAAAAUGAA